AUGGCGUUCCACGGAGCGGGCCGCCAGGCUGUGUGCGGGGACCUGUUUCCGGGCUCCGAGCUGGGCCACAAGUACUUCUGUGUGAACUCCUCCUGCGGGGCCCCGUCCACGGGCCUCAGCGCCACGCCGUGCCUGACCGGACCCACCGCCCCGGCCGGGACCCCUCGUCACCCCACAGCUCUGGGAGGAAGCGCCGGCGGCGGAGCGGCGGUGCCUCAGCCCUACAGCAACCCGGCCAGCGAGGUGCCCAGCCCCGCAGAGAUGGAGCCCGACCGCCCCAUCGGCUAUGGCGCAUUUGGUGUCGUGUGGUCGGUGACUGAUCCCCGUGACGGUCGUAAAGUGGCUCUGAAGAAGAUGCCCAACGUCUUCCAGAACCUGGUCUCCUGUAAGAGGGUCUUCAGAGAGCUGCGGAUGCUGUGCUUCUUCAAACACGACAACGUUCUGUCGGCUCUGGAUAUUUUGCAGCCUCCGCAAAUCGACUGUUUCGAGGAAAUCUACGUGAUAACAGAGCUGAUGCAGAGCGACCUCCACAAAGUGAUCGUGUCUCCUCAGCCUCUCACCACCGACCACAUCAAGGUCUUCCUCUACCAGAUCCUCCGAGGUUUGAAGUACCUGCACUCGGCUGGGAUCCUGCACAGAGACAUCAAACCUGGCAACCUGCUGGUCAACAGCAACUGUCUGCUCAAGAUUUGUGAUUUCGGGUUAGCUCGCGUGGAGGAGCCCGACCCGUCUCGUCACAUGACGCAGGAGGUGGUGACUCAGUACUAUCGGGCGCCCGAGGUGCUGAUGGGCUGCCGGCACUACGGCUCGGCCAUCGACGUCUGGUCGGUCGGCUGCAUCUUCGCGGAGCUGCUGGGACGACGCAUCCUCUUCCAGGCCCAGAGCCCGAUCCAGCAGCUGGACCUGAUCACCGACCUGCUGGGGACCCCCCCUCUGUCGGCCCUGGCCUCGGCCUGUGAAGGAGCCAGAGCCCACAUCCUGAGGGGGCCGCACAAACCGCCGUCGCUCUCCGUGCUCUACAUGCUGUCGGACGGGGCCACGCACGAGGCCGUGCACCUGCUCUGUCGCAUGCUGGUCUUUGAUCCGGCUAAACGGAUUUCCGGCAGCGACGCCCUCUCUCACCCGUACCUGGACGAGGGGCGUCUGCGCUACCACACCUGCAUGUGUCAGUGCUGCUACUCGGUUCCAAGCGGGCGAGUCUACACCCGAGACUUCGAGCCGGUGGCCGAGCGGCCGUUCAGCCACAGCUACGAGAACAGCCUGCUGUCGGUGUGGCAGGGGAAAGAGUUAAUCCACCGCUUCAUCACGGAGCACCAGCAGGGCAAGCGUGUGCCGCUGUGCAUCAACCCUCAGAGCGCCGCCUUCAAGACCUUCAUCAGGUCGACAGCGUGGCACUCGUCCAAGGUGUCCAGGAAGGAGGAGAGAUGAGCGCUCCUCCUCUUCUUCGGCUCCGGAGGCGGCCACGGCAGUUUGAGAAAAGAUUCCAUCAGCAGUGUUGAAGGCCCCCCCGCCCCUCCUUUAAGAAAAAAAAAUAAAUAAUAUUUGUUAAUCUGCCGGGAUGUGGAGGAGACAACGGCCGAACCACCUCCUGAAAAUCCUCCAUAACGUUUUCCCUGAAUUUGAAAACUAGUGUUGAACUCACCGUGUUUCCGGUGCUGCAGAAGAAACAGAUUUUUAAAAAGUGCUGCUGGAACGUUUCGUAAGAAGAGGAAAGAGGAAGAGAACUGAACCUCGGUUCCGCUCGUUAAGGAUCAUUAUUUGAAUUGUUGCUUAGUUGAUCUUUUGUUUUUAGUUUGUUUUAAGUCAUUCCAGCCCCGUGCAGCUCAGUUUAGAGACCACGCAGGAAACCGACUCAUCGCGAGGACCACGUCAGAUUUUCUUUCACUGCAUUCGAACACAUCACUCCCUGCCCCCCCGCUGGGCGCCAUCGUGCACUCAGCAGCAACAAUGCAAUUUAACGGAUGUAGCAGGUUCUCACCACAGCUCCAGAUUCUCCUCAUCGUUUUUCUUGCAGCUUCUUUUCCUCGCGGCGACUUUUGGUUUUGUUUUUAUUGGACACAUUCAGCAGAGAGAAAUAAGAGUUUGUUGGUGUCUCUCACUCUCUCAUACACACACACUCACACACACACACUCACACACACACUCACACACGUGUAGGAAACAAAUUCAUUCCCCAGUUUUUUACAACCAAGCUUUUAUUUAGAAAUUUGUGUUUUAAUUGUAUCAAACUGUGUUUCGCCAAAACUUAAACUUGGCUUUAUUUUCCUCUCGCCUCAACAUGGAUUAUGAAAUCACGUGAACUCACCAACACGUGAACUCACCGUCAUGCUGACCACCAGCUGAGAGAACGAGGAAGUGACAACGGCGAUGAUUUAUCUUUUUGUGUGAAUUUCUUAAUUUAUUGCGUGUCUGUUGAAGAGUGUGAGUCUCCACCCGCUCGCUCUCGGUUACCUCAACCUCUGGAGGACGACAAACUGAAGGCUGAGGACGGGGGGGGCCAGAGGUCCCUAACCCUUUAGCUCCUGCUUCAGUCCCUGUGGCUCCUCGGUUCCUGCAGCGGGUGUUUCGAGAAGCUGCGGUCAAACUUCAUCUGAAUUGGAUUGUUUAAAUGAUUUAGCUGUACAUACCCUGAACCUCCAGCAGGCGGGGCUCCUGAGGUCCCCCCCCCCCCAAUGCGUCCACGUUGGCCCCUGAAGGGCUCCAGUUGAACCCUGAAACCUCAGCUCCUCCACAGGAACAUCUCUGAGCACACGGAGACGACUUGUAAACCUGCAUGUGUAUAUUUAUCGGCGGAGAGCGUUUGCUGUGCACUGGUUGAGUUUGUCGACGGAAACGUACAUUUUGUGGUAAUUUUUAUUUAACUCAUCUUUAGGGAGUGAUUUUAUUAGAAGUUUUUUUUGUUUGUUGUGAUCUAACUAGACAUUUUUUAUCGAGUCCAGAGUCGAGAACGUUGAGAUGAAGAAACGUUUGAUUCACGAUAUGAUUGAAAAGUUUCUGCUGGAAAUAAACGCGACGUUAUUUUACUGUUUUUACUAAUUGACCUUUUUUUUUUUUAUCUCUUGAUUUAUUUAUUUUUAACCCUCGACACUCCGCUGUAUGUUAGAUUGACACUUUCAUGUUUUUCAUAGUUCAUAUAUCGAUCAUCUCCUGCUGAGGCCACGUGUCGGCAGAAGCUCGGGAACAGAUCUUCAGAUGUGGUCAAUCACAGUUUAACAAAGUCUGCAGGUCAAAAAGGUUUAAAUCCUUAAUUCUGCUAAUAAUUAUUUUCAUCAAAAGUCUGAUAAUAUUGAAAAGUAUCAGUUUCAGUUGAUGCUCAGUUUAUUACACAUUCACAUGCAGAUUAGGACCUGGUCACUCGAUGAAGAUGGUGAUGGAAACAGAAGAGAAACUAUCUGCAGAUGUUUAGAUCUUUGAGAAGUAACUGAUAAUCUCAAAUCAAUUUUUUUUCCCGACAUUUGAAAUUUGUUCAGGCAACGAGACGCUAACACUCGAGUUCGGAACGUGAAUGAAAUCAUCUGGUUUAUUAACAUUCAACCAAACUUUUCUCUCUGGGCUCGUUUUCCUUAUUUUCUUCUUCUGUUGUGUUCGUAGAACCUUCAAGCGAAGGAGCAGUUUUUGAACUAGACGACCGGUUGGUCUUCCCCUGCACGCUGCUCUCAGAUCAGCUGACCAGUGCGUUCGGAGUCAGUUCUCAGACGCUGGAGACGGACAGCUGGUCAUCUGUAGAGAUUAGACUUGUUUUCUUCUAUGAAAAUAAACUUGGUGUGUUUAUUAAUAUAAAUAUGAAACUGAUGUUUUAAACAUGUUUUUCGUCUUUGUUUUAGCAAAAAGGUUUUGUUUGAUUUUUGACUUGUGUUCCCAACAAAUACUUGAAUUUCUUAAAAAAUAUGUUUAGAGUUAAAGUAGUGAAUGAUGCAUAAAUAAAUGGACACUGGAUAAUAUUCA